AUGAAUAAUGAAAGCUCUGUCGGGCCCCCGAAUGGCAAAGCGCCGACCAUCAAUCGGGCUUGUCAAAAUUGCUCCAGACUGAAGGCAAAAUGCAUUCCUCAGACUGAUGGUGUCGAGGACAGAUGUACAAGAUGUUUUCGUCUUGACAAGGAGUGUGUUACUCCACCUCGAAGGGCGCGGAAAAGGAGGCCACCAAGCCAUGCCACUGGCGUUUCACAAUUGGAAGAGAAGAUCCAAAGCCUUGUUUCACUCUUGGCGGGAGCAAAAGCAGGAAUGCUAAAUCCCGAUAACCCGUUUCCCACCUCAGCCCAGAAUGCAGGUCGCACAGACCCAGAUAGAGCCAAGGUAUCUGCAGCCUCCUCAAUCAAUGGCUCUGCCUCAAGCCUUGCGGCCCUGGCGAGUCGCGAGACACCUCCAAUUCAAGAACCUUGGGAUCCUCCGAGACCAAUGGGUAUUCAUCUUGAUGCAAGCAAUUGUGGACCAGCUCCCCAGCCUCCGAUAGAGAAACCCCUCACACCUGACACUUCCACACCAUCAACUACGGCCCCUCCACAACCAAACCGACAGUGGCCAUUCAACGACCGCCCAGGACCCGAGGAAAGCUGGCUCUUGAACAUUUUCAGAGACACAUAUCUUAUUCAUUUCCCUUUCGUAAAAAUACCGCCGGAAACGAGUGCCGAAGAUCUUUGGGUCAGGAGACCAUGGGUGUAUUAUGCUGUGAUCAUGGUUGCGUCCCAAAGUAACCGCACACGGCAACUUGAAAUGGCCAAACAUAUGACAACCGAAGUUGCAACAGCCUUGAUUAUAAGAGGCGAGAAAAAUUUGGAUAUGCUUCAAGGGCUGCUAAUUCAUAACGCAUGGUGCUACAACUUCUCGCCUCAAACACCCCAUACCCAGUCUACUGCCGUGUUCCAACUUGCUCAUACGAUGAUAUUCGACCUGGGCUUGAACAAACCAGUUCGGGAUACCUUAGACGGGCUUCCAGACACGUCAAAAAUUAUACCUGAGAUCAACCUAUCGGAGAGUAGACGUACUUCUGAUGAACGAAGAACGCUACUUGCUUGGUUCUUCUCCUCAUCCGUUAUAUCUUUGUGCCUCCGGAGAAUGGAAUGUUUACAACAUACACCCUACAUCGAUCACAAUUGCAAACUGCUGUAUGACUCUGCUGAGUAUGAAUCGGACCUUGUUCUAGUUACCUUGGUACGGUUGCAGUGCAUCGUCGAGUCCUUUCAACGAACUCUCUUAAACGAGUCGAUGACUCCCCAUGGCUCUAAGGUGCCGGCUUGGAUGUAUAUUAAAUCGGCGCGAGCUGAAUUACAAGAUUUUUGGACGUCAUUAUGCCCUAGACUGCGAUCGAAUGGUCCUUUGCUUAGGGCUUACCACAGCGCAGAGGUCUACAUUUAUCAGCCCAGCAUCCAUCCGUCUUCCCAUGGCGUAAGUUUUGGAACUGGAAACGCCCAGCGCCUGGAGCUGCUCUACGCCUGUUUAAUAUCAUGCAAAACGCUUCUUGACCUGUACCUGGCACUACCACUUUCGGUAUAUUAUACUGUCUCCAUCGUUGAACUGGCUGAAAUGGGACAUGGCCUGACCGCAUUAUCCAGACUCUCCCUAGUUGAGCAGCCUGGCUGGGAUCUUGCGCACGUCCGGAAGACAGUAAACUUACUGGAUUAUUUUGGCCGGCUGAUUUCGAAUUUUGAAGAAGUGGGAGCGGCCAUCGACCAGAGCCAGCCAGAGCCAUGUAGAAUGUCGCUCGCUACCGGUUGCGCAUUAGCUAUGAAGAGAGUUCGAGCAGUUUACGAGGCGAAAGUAGCCCCAGAAUCAGAGCCGCAGCCUUUGCAAGAGCAACCAGGCACCGCGGGCAUGAAUAUUAGCAUGAACAUGGAACAGUUUGACUGGAUUGAUGAUGCUUACUGGCAGGAGUUGUCAAGCGAUAUGAGUUUCCUACAAUAG